UGACGAGUUAGCAUCUCGAUCUAAUUAAGUUUCGGUUUCAAACCACAACAAAACAUUUUAGAAUAUUAAAAGAAUAUAAUUUUAUUUUUUAAAUACUUUAUUAGAGGGAAGGCGUGAAACUACAAAGAAAAUAAUUUCUUUAUCACUAAAAUAAAAGGACCGCUAUGAAUAUCCCACCAAUUCAACAACCAGGAACAAUUGGAGUAGGCCAAAUGACACAGCCUGUAAAUCCUCAGCUUCCUCAAAAUCCACAACAAACGCAACAGCCACAGGUUCAGCAGCAACAGCAACAACAACAACAACAACAGCAAACUCAAGAAAAGCUUGACAAUAUUUCCAAAGUUAAAUCAUUAAUUGGUCCAUUAAGGGAAUCAUUAGCCAUAGCUCUUAAAACUGCAGCACAUACAUUACAUCAAAACAGUUUGGUAGAUGUUGGAUCUCUAAAGGGUGGUGUGGAUCAGUCUGAUCAUCGAUUCAAUAAAAAUAUGGAAGAAUUUUAUUCAAUUUGCGAUCAGAUAGAAUUACACUUAAAGACUUCUAUAGAAUGUCUAUCACAAAAUUCUAGCUCUGUAAGGUACCUACCAGUAUCUGUUAUACCAACACGUACUGAUACUGUUGGAGCUCAAGAAGGACCUGCUUUGACAUAUCCUCAGUUUUUGAUGACUGUAAGAGCUCAAGUUUCAUUUGUUCGUGAAGUUCAUGAUACUUUAGUUUCUGCUGCACAAUCAAUAGCAUCAGGUGAAUGAAUGACUCUGUUAAUAGGAAAUUUAUUAUGAUAAAAAUAAUAAUAGUUAGUUACUAAUUUAUAAUACUGUAAGUCCAAUUUUUUAUGUGUCUUCUUUUGUGCCUUGUCUUGUACAGUAUAAUGCAAUAAUGUAUAGUUAUACUGUUUUAAUAAAAUUCUAAUUUAUUUUAUGUAAAA